AUGGAAAUGCAAUCAUUACACUCACCACCUCCAUCAUCUGAAAUUGGACAACCUAAAAAACAGAUGCUGUCUAGAAAGAAAUCAUCUACAAAAACACCUGUUAAUAGUGAUUCAUCAAUAUUUGAUCUAACAAUUGAACAAUUAAGAGCAUUAAUGAAAUUAGAAGGAAAAGAUUUACUGGAAAAGUUAAAUUCAUCUACAUUUAAUGGUGUUAAAGGAAUAUUAGAAAAAUUAAAAGUUGAUGGCAAUAAAGGACUUGAUUCAAAUAAUCAAGAAGAUCUUGAACAACGUCGUGCAAUUUAUGGAAACAAUGAAAUACCACCAAAACCAAUGAAAUCAUUUUUAAGAUUAUGUUGGGAUGCACUUCAUGAUGUAUUAUUAGUUAUAUUAUUAAUGUGUGCUGCUGUUUCAAUGGGUCUUUUAUUUUAUAAACCACCUCAUCAAGGAGAUCAAGCUGUAGAAGAUGAACGUACGUAG